AGUAUAUUUAUCAGAGAGAGCGAGACUGGUGUGAACACUCCUCUCACCAUCAUCCUCGAUGUUAACAAAACCUCAAUUCCCUUCAAUUGCCACCAUUUUUCUCUCACUCCUCUGUCUCUCUUUACACUCUUUAUUAAUUACAACAACAGAGAGAUAAGUCCGCCGACGAUCAAGCACACAAACUAACACAGAGCUAUGAAUCCACGACAAAAAUCCCGGCCGGAACCGGACCGUCCGGUUCAGCAGCCACCAGCGGCGCACAUCCAGUCAUGUUCCCCCAGAUUCCCCCUCUCCGCCGCCGGAGCCCACCGCCGGAUCGCCAUCGCGGUCGACCUCAGCGAUGAGAGUGCCUUCGCAGUAAAGUGGGCGGUACAGAACUACCUCCGGCCCGGGGACGGCGUGAUCCUCCUCCACGUCCGCCCCACCUCAAUCCUGUACGGAGCCGACUGGGGCGCCGUCGACCUCUCCGUCGACACCGAUUCCGAGGAGUCGCAACAGAAGCUCGAGGACGAAUUCGAUAACUUCACCACCAGCAAGUCCACCGAUCUCGCUCAGCCUCUUGUGGAAGCUCACAUUCCUUUCAAGAUACAUAUUGUAAAAGAUCACGACAUGAAAGAGAGGCUGUGCCUGGAGGUGGAGAGGCUCGGUUUGAGUGCGGUCAUUAUGGGGAGCCGAGGGUUUGGGGCGUCGAGGCGGUCCACGAAGGGACGGCUUGGGAGUGUGAGUGAUUAUUGUGUGCAUCACUGUGUCUGUCCCGUUGUUGUUGUUAGGUGUCCUGAUGACAAGGAAGGUAAUGGGGGCAGCGGAGCAGGCUCUGCCGCUGGCGGUGGUGCUGGUGUGGUGAAGGGGGUCAGGGAGGAGGUGGAAUUACAUCCGGUGCCGGAGGAGGAGCUGGAGUAUCACGACGCUUCUGAUGAACAGAAAGAUGCUUGAGUGAUCAUCAGUGUUAAUGGCAAGUUCUGCUUUGAUUCAGAAAGUGAUGAAUGUGACAAAAGACCGUUGAAGGCUGUGAGGAAGGAAGAGGUUUGAAAAUGUGAUAGGAAUUUUAUUGUUCCGGGCAGAGCUUCCAAAAGAUGGUGGGCGAGGGGGAUUUGUGUCAUGUAUAAGUGAACAUUGAUGGUAUUGGUGUUUACUGACUUGAGUGCUUUCUCUCCUCUAUGUUUCCACUGGCCAUAGAUGCAGUGUUGUUUGAUUGAUGAUGGUUAUCUGCGUGGUUUCUUUGACAUUUUAAUAUUUCUACCACACCCAAUUGCUAUCUACUUUUUUUUUUUUUUUUAACCCCCCAAAA